ACUAAUUCUGUUUACUUUUUAUAGGUCAGUAUGGAAAUCCUUUAAAUAAAUUCAUUAGACAUUAUGAAGGAUUAUCUUAUGAUGUGGAUUCAUUACACCAAAAACACCAGCGUGCCAAAAGAGCAGUCUCACAUGAGGACCAGUUUUUACGUCUAGAUUUCCACGCUCAUGGAAGACAUUUCAACCUACGAAUGAAGAGGGACACUUCCCUUUUCAGUGAUGAAUUUAAGGUGGAAACAUCAAAUAAUGUACUUGAUUAUGAUACCUCUCAUAUUUACACUGGACAUAUUUAUGGUGAAGAAGGAAGUUUUAGCCAUGGGUCUGUUAUUGAUGGAAGAUUUGAAGGAUUCAUCCAGACUCGUGGUGGCACAUUUUAUGUUGAGCCAGCAGAGAGAUAUAUUAAAGACCGAACUCUGCCAUUUCACUCUGUCAUUUAUCAUGAAGAUGAUAUUAACUAUCCCCAUAAAUAUGGUCCCCAGGGGGGCUGUGCAGAUCAUUCAGUAUUUGAAAGGAUGAAGAAGUACCAGAUGACUGGUGUAGAAGUAACACAGACACCUCAUGAAGAACAUACUGUUAAUGGUCCAGAACUCCGGAGGAAAAAACGUACAACUUCAGCUGAAAAAAAUACUUGUCAGCUUUAUAUUCAGACUGAUCAUCUAUUCUUUAAAUAUUAUGGAACACGAGAAGCUGUGAUUGCCCAGAUAUCCAGUCAUGUUAAAGCAAUUGAUACAAUUUACCAGACCACAGACUUCUCCGGAAUCCGUAACAUCAGUUUCAUGGUGAAACGUAUAAGAAUCAACACAACUGCUGAUGAAAAGGACCCUUCAAAUCCCUUCCGUUUUCCAAAUAUUGGUGUGGAGAAGUUUCUGGAACUGAAUUCUGAGCAGAAUCAUGAUGACUACUGUUUGGCCUAUGUCUUCACAGACCGAGAUUUUGAUGAUGGUGUCCUUGGUCUGGCUUGGGUUGGAGCACCUUCAGGAAGCUCUGGAGGAAUAUGUGAAAAGAGUAAGCUCUAUUCAGAUGGUAAGAAGAAGUCCUUAAACACUGGAAUUAUUACUGUUCAGAACUAUGGGUCUCAUGUACCCCCCAAAGUAUCUCACAUUACAUUUGCUCAUGAAGUUGGACAUAACUUUGGAUCUCCGCAUGAUUCUGGAACAGAGUGCACUCCAGGAGAAUCUAAGAAUUUAGGACAAAAAGAAAAUGGCAAUUACAUCAUGUAUGCAAGAGCGACAUCCGGGGACAAACUUAACAACAAUAAAUUCUCACUCUGUAGUAUUAGAAAUAUAAGCCAGGUUCUUGAGAAGAAGAGAAACAACUGUUUUGUUGAAUCUGGCCAACCUAUUUGUGGAAAUGGAAUGGUAGAGCAAGGUGAAGAAUGUGAUUGUGGCUACAGUGACCAGUGUAAAGAUGAGUGCUGCUAUGAUGCAAACCAACCUGAGGGGAAGAAAUGCAAGCUGAGACCUGGAAAGCAGUGCAGUCCAAGUCAAGGUCCCUGUUGUACAGCACAGUGUGCAUUCAAGUCAAAAACUGAGAAGUGUCGGGAUGAUUCAGACUGCGCAAAAGAAGGAAUGUGUAAUGGCAAUACAGCUCUCUGCCCAGCGUCUGAUCCUAAACCAAACUUUACGGACUGUAAUAGACAUACACAAGUGUGCAUUAAUGGGCAAUGUGCAGGUUCUAUCUGUGAGAAAUACGGCUUGGAGGAGUGCACCUGUGCCAGUUCUGAUGGCAAAGAUGAUAAGGAGCUAUGCCAUGUCUGCUGCAUGAAGAAGAUGGAGCCAUCAACUUGUGCCAGUACAGGGUCUGUGCAGUGGAACAUGUACUUCCUUGGUCGAACCAUCACCCUGCAACCUGGAUCCCCAUGCAACGAUUUUAGAGGCUACUGUGAUGUUUUCAUGCGGUGCAGAUUAGUAGAUGCCGAUGGUCCUCUAGCUAGGCUUAAAAAAGCAAUUUUCAGUCCAGAGCUCUAUGAAAACAUUGCUGAAUGGAUUGUGGCUUAUUGGUGGGCAGUAUUACUGAUGGGAAUCGCCCUGAUCAUGUUAAUGGCUGGUUUUAUUAAGAUAUGCAGUGUUCAUACUCCAAGUAGUAAUCCAAAGUUGCCUCCUCCUAAACCUCUUCCAGGCACUUUAAAGAGGAGGAGACCUCCCCAGCCCAUUCAGCAACCCCAGCGUCAGAGGCCCCGGGAGAGUUAUCAGAUGGGACACAUGAGACGUUAACUCAGCUUUUGCCUUGGUUCUUCCUAGUGCCUACAAUGGGAAAACUUCACUCCAAAGAGAAACCUAUUAAAUCAUCAUCCCCAAACUAAACCCUCGCAAAUAGCAGUCGAAGAAAAAAAUGGCAAGAGAUCAUAUCCUCAGAUCAGGUGGAAUUACUCAAAUUUUAAAGCCUGAAAAUUCCAAUUUGGGGGUGGGGUGUGAAAAAGGAACCCAAUUUUCUUAUGGACAGAUAUUUUUAACCUAAUGGCACAAAGUCUUAGAAUAUUAUUAUGUGCCCCGUGUUCCCUGUUCUUCGUUGCUGCAUUUUCUUCACUUGCAGGCAAACUUGGCUCUCGAUAAACUUUUAUCACAAAUUGAAAUAUAUAUAUAUUUUUUUCAACUGCCAAUCAAGGCUGGGAGGCUCGACCACCUCAACAUUGGAGACAUCACUUGCCAAUGUACAUACCUUGUUAUGUGCAGACAUGUAUUUCUUACGUACACUGUACUUAUGUGUGCAAUUGUAAACAGAAAUUGCAAUAUGGAUGUUUCUUUGUAUUAUAAAAUUUUUCCGCUCUUAAUGAAAAAUUACUGUUUAAUUGACAUACUCAGGAUAACAGAGAAUGGUGGUAUUCAGUGGUCCAGGAUUCUGUCAUGCUUUACACAGGCAGUUUUGAAACGAGAAUCAGUUUACCUUUUCCUUAUGACGGAGUUGGUUUUGAUAUUCAUUUUGUUUUAUCAAUGGCUGCUAAGAGCACAGGAGUGACUACGCUGAAGAACACAGUUAAAUGUUGUGCAAACUGGACAUACGCAGCAUACUACUACUUCAGACUUAGUUCUUUACGUAAGCGUCUGAUUUCUGCUUACUUUUUUUAAACUUUCUAAUUCAAUUCCAUAUUUUGAAUUGCUAGGUGAAAUUUUAUUCAUGGUUUGGUAGAAAUUGUGUCAGCAAAAUGAUUCUUUUUAUUUGUAGGCUCUUUCUGUGUCUUCCAUAUAUCUGAAGUAUGCUAAUUAUGGUUUUGAUUUUGUCUGAUAUGGAAAAGAAAAGCUGUGUCUCUAUUUUAUGAAAAUAUUUGAACAGUUUUUUCAGCAUAUCAUCACUGAUCAUUGGUAACCACUAAAGAGUGAUUUGCUCAACUAGUAGUUAAAAUUGUAGAUAGGCCUUCCAACAUUUUUUUUCCCUAAAAUAUUUUAACAAUGAAGGUGAAACAGCACAAUGUCCCAUUCCAAAUUUAUUUUUUAAAUAGAUGUAAAUAAUUGGCUUUUUAAAGAAAGAAGGCAACAGCAUUUAAUGUAUUAACAGGCUUAGUAUUGCUAUGCAGGAAUGGAAGGGGGCAUUACAAACAAAUUUUAAGCUUGUGACAUAUUUAUUGCUUCUGUUUUCCAACUACAUUACCUAAGUUAGAAGUAAACAGCUAUGAUUUUCCUGGCUUCACAUAGGAGGCAAAUUUAGGGAAAGUUGAAAAGAUUUGUGUUUGGCUUUUUUUUUUUUUCCUUUUUUUCUUAAGAGUAUAAGGUUUACACAAUCAUUCUCAUAAUGUGACGCAAGCCAGCAAGGCCAAAAAUGCUAGAGAAAAUAUUGGGAUCUCCUCCUUGUAAACUUGUACAGUAUGUGGUGACUUUUUUCAAAAUACAGCUUUUUGUACAUGAUUUAGAGACAAAUUUUGUACAUGAAACCCCAGAUAGACUAUAAAUAAUUCUAAACAAACAAGUAGGUAGAUAUGUAUGUAAUUGCUUUUAAAUCAUUUAAAUGCCUUUGUUUUUGGACUGUGCAAAGGUUGGAAGUGGGUUUGCAUUUCUAAAAUGGUGACUUUUAUUCUGCAAGAGUUCUUAGUAACUUCUUGAGUGUGGUAAACUUUGGAACAUGUACAUUUUUUGCUUGUAAUGUUAUCCUGUGGUAGGGUUUUGGCAGGCACACACUGCCCUAUUUUAUUUUGAGUCUAAGUUAAAUGUUUUCUGAAAAGAGAUAAGUGCACUGAACUCUUUCCACUGCAAAUCAAGAUGUGGUAAAACAAAAGGAUCAAGACAAAUGAGAUCUAAUACUACUGUCAGUUUAAUGUCCACUGUGUUUUAUACAGUAUCUUUUUGUUCACUUUGGAAAUUUUUACUAAAAGUUGCAAAAAAUAAAGUAUUGUGCAAAGAUGUAAGGUUUUUUGAAACUUGAAAUGCAUUAAUAAAUAGACUUGAUGAAAUCAACUUGAAGGUUUCAUACUCUUUGAACUCUGAGAACUAUCAAAAGAAGUUUCCCGCAAGGCAGCUUUUCCUGACUAAAUGAAAGAGAUUGUUAAGCAAAAAGGGUAUUCUCUCUGUCCACAUGAGUAUAGACAUCUUUAUUCCUGGUUAGAAGUUCAUGUAAAAAAAUUUGAGUAGCUAUCUCUGUAUCCAUACACUGAACAUUUGGAAAACACUUAAUCUCAGCUGCUUUACAUUAAUUCUAAUCAAUUUUCAAAGUGUUUAAAAGUGUCUUGGUGGAAGAACUGAGUCAUUUUGGAAACUGUGGCCUUAUUUUUUUUUGCAAAGUUUUGAAUGCUGAAUUGAACCUCAUUUAUUUUAAAAGUCUAGUUUGAUGAUACAUAUAUUUUAAAAAUUUGAGUCACAUUUUCCUGCUUUGUCAAAUUUAUAGCAAAUAAGGAGAGACUUGACAUUACAGUCUUAUCUAGAAAAAGAACUGUAAGCCCAGAAUGGUGACCUGCACAGAAUAAUCUGCCCCAAAUUCUUUUUUUGUUUUUAAACUGAGGCCAACUUAAGUAAGUAGUAUUUGUUAAAUAAGUAAAAAUAUAUAAUACUUUUUAGUUACCUUAAUUUAGAAACAUCAAAAUGUAUAUUAUGUUUAAUUGUGUUUGUUUAUGAAAACAUAAAUAUUAGAUGAUUACAAAUGUAUUAAUUUUACUUACAACUGAAUGCUUAAAUUUUGUUUCUAUUGAAUCAGCAAUAGAAUAAAGUUUUGCCGUUUCUGGACUAGUUCCCCACAGUGUCAGGAAAUACAGAGUUUUGGGAAGGGUUUCUUUAAGGGAAAGAUCACUGUACCUCAUCAGGCAUGUUCUCUGAGGUGUCUUCAGCACCUUGUGCUUUGGGUACUUCAUUUUUGUCAUAUUCACAGACUAGUUAGAACUGAAGAUUUCUCCAAACUGUGCAAACUGCUCUCAAGUCCUUACUUCUAUCUCUGUACAUUUAAGUCUUAAUGAUUUUCAUUUCUUGAUUUUCAUUUCUCUGAAGAUGGGAUGAAUGUCCUGGCAGCUGUGCAUUUGUCGGUGCUUGUGUUUGAGAAGGCUUUUAAUUUCUUAGGUAUUUCUCAUUGAAAGUUUAUAGAGGGUCAGCAUAGUGAGUCCAUUACAGAACCGGACAGCCCGUCUUCAGGGAUAUAAGACGUGGUGUUUCUUACCCAAAUUUAAAGAGUCAAGGUCUCCCAAAGCUAGAGAGCAAGUUGGAUAUAGUUUUAAAGCAGCUGCCAAGGACAGUUCAUCUUUAGAGAAGUCACUAAAGUUGCAAAAAAAUUGUAAUUUCCUGAAAAGCACUUUUGAUUUCUAAAUAACUUAAAGUGUAAUCAGCCUACCCCCCCAGAGCUCAUCUUCAGUUUCAGCAUUUCUGGUUUUAUGUUCUUGAUUAUAAACAACUUCCACUUGAGUCUCCUUUUCCAUUUAUUAUCAGUUUAGUUUUUCCACUGUCGUUUCUGUAUCCCUGGCUUUAUAUUAUUAAGAUACAAGUGAGCUCUUGCAUUUUAUAUUGCUAUAUUGUUUGUGUGUCUUAGAUACAUACAUGUAUACAUUAUUCCCAGUAGAAAUUCAGAUAUAUUUAAAUUGAUAAGGUCUUCAGAGUAUCUGUCCUCUCCUGUGAAAAGCAACAGGAUGUUAGGUAAAAAGACGGAAGGUUGAGCAAAAUAAUUUAUUAGCCUCUGCUCUUUCCUAAAAUCUCUGCUAAAUCACAGUGAUUGGGGAAAGAAAAGAGCAGAAUCCAAUAAGGAUAAGGAAUAUUGAAGAGAAGAUAACAUUUUUGACACUGGAACGCAGAGGGAGAAAUAGUAUCUGACCUGGCAGACCCUGGAAAGCCAAAUCCUAAACCAGCAGAGAAGACAUUAGAACAGCCCUGUUUGCAUUAAGAUUUUGGGAUAUAGCCUUUAAGACUUUUUUCUAUGCAUGUGGCCAAAGACAUAAUAUGCACACUUUUGUAAUGCGCCUUUCUUACUUUAACAAUACAUUGAUACUGUAUCUGUGUCAUUUUAAUGAAUGUAAAUAUUUUGUUCUAUGGAUGUACUGUACAUUUAAAAAAUUAACCAGUUCCCUAUUGUUUGGACAUUUAGGUUUUCAGGUUGUUCAUUGUUUUAAACAAUCCUUUAAGGAAAACCCUAAGCCUCAUAAUAAAAGAAGUUCCUAAAAGUGGAAUUAUUGGGUUAAAGGUUUUUUAAAGGUCAUUGAUAAAAAUUAUGAUACUGUCUUCUAGAGAGAUAUACCAAGUUAUAUACUACAAUUAACAUAUAAGAAGAUGUCCACCUUUAGCAUAUUUAUAUAUGUUUUUUUUAAAAAAUCUGAGAGCCCUGUGGUUUAAGAUUCACAUGUAUGCAGCCAUGUGAAUUUAUUAGAAACAAUGGUAGAAGACAGUCCUGCUUAAUUGAUUUAUUAGCUUUGGAUAUAACUCAAAUGCAAGUCAAAAGUAGUGCCCUAUUUGUGGUCUUUAAAUACCAUUGUCUUCAAAGAAACCACCCUUCCUUGAAUAACUGGCUAAUUCCAGGUCUAGAGAAAGAAAUGUGUAAGUAGAGCCUAAAAAAACAUGGUUGUACCAGAAAGCAAAAAAGCGAUUAUAGAGGUCUGCCAAAAAAGAUUGGAGUCACCUUAAAGUUUUCACUGGCAAAGUGGUUUUACUUUAUGAGUUAAUAAUGAUAGUUCACAAAGUCAUAUUCACCUUUGGACCAUACUCUUAAAGAAAUACUCCAGCUAAUAAUGUUAAAGAGGAGUGAUACAGUAUCACCAUUUUACCCCAUAAAGAUUAAUGGAUCUAGACAGUGAUCAUCAGUGACUGCUAACCUCGCGGAGAGAGUGGUCAAAUACUUGAUGCCUCCUGAUGGAAACAGACAUACCACUUACGGAGCAGUCCUGCCAGAAGUCGAACCUGAUCCUGAUCAAGCCUCUGCAUCAAACCACCUCUUUACUAGAAACACAGGAAACAAAAGAGCUCGUCAAACAAUACCACAAGGGAUUCAUUCAGCAAAAUGCAGGCUGGAAAACUACAGGACAAAUGACCCUGUUUCUUCAACUAAAUUGCAAGGAAAAAA